CCAUUCUUAUUUGACGAGCCUAACGUGCCAGUUGCAGUUAAGUUCCCCAACCGCAACGACGGUGGGCAGCCGUGAUUCAUCCUCAACGCUUUUUUUCCAAUUGUGUAUGCAAAAUGUUUUUGCACGUAACGAGCUGAACUAUUGAGUUUGCUAAAUAGUUUAACAAGCAAUAAUUUGGCCGACAUGCAGGUUGAUGGUUGUACCAGCAGCUCAUCCGAGAUCCCCCAUCCCGCGAAGCGUGAAACGUGGAUCAGUGGGAAAAUGCAGUCGUCAUCGCAUUCCAAAGAUGGUCAUAAUGCAGCGGGGGCUUCAAAACUGCUUCAGGAUCACCAGGAGCCCGAGGACUACUUGGAGCACCUAAUGAAGGAGGGCAGUCAGGAGGGCGACAGCGGUGCUGAUUUGGAGCUACCUUCGUGGUACGAUGAGCAGCUAUUCAGGCGUGGUCAGAGCUACUUUAGCACGUAUCGCUUUGUAAUGAACGCCGGAAUGCUGGCUGGUCUUAUUGCCGUGCUGGCUAUUCCAUCCAUUCUCCGGGUGCUGUCGUGCACACGCCAAUCCUCGACAGCGUUCACCGCCUACCGUCGCUAUGUGCGUACUAUAUUCCACACGCAAGCCUGGUAUAACCACAACAUCGCGGACCGUGGCAGCAGGUUCUGGACCAGCAUUGCGGCCGUGAGGCGGGCCCACAGCCGCUCCAGUCAUGCGUGCGCCCGCCAAGGAGCUGGACAGAUCACCCAGAAGGAUUUGGCGCUCACGCAGUUCGGUUUCAUUGGCUUCAUAACGAUGGGCGCACAUCGCAUAAAGCUGAAAGAUCAGGACUUCCUGGAGGCCACUACGCAUAUGUGGCGCGUUCUCGGCUAUCUGCUGGGCAUCAAGGAUGAGUACAACAUCUGCGGUAGGAACUGGGCGGAGUCAAAGCUCCGCCUGGACAUUGUGAUGCGUAAGGUAUACGAACCAGCUCUGGCAAACACUGGGGAGGAUUUCAAACGAAUGACCGAGGCCCUGAUUAAUGGCUUGUGGCACAUAAACACCAUGCUGUCGGUGAAUGCCAACAUAUUCUUUGCCAAGCGAUUGGCCUGCGUUAAGGGAUACGAGUACUACAGUUUCGAUCAUGAGAACGGAGUGGCGCAGGAUCCCCAGCAGAAGCUGCACUACUACGACAUGGGAUGGUGGGACCGAUUCAUAGUCAGCUACGGCCUGUUCCUCGUCACAUAUCUGCACAGGUAUGCCCUGGUGCGAUGGUACUUGAACUUCCGCGUCUGGCUGGUGGACAUAUUCACCUAUUACUUGCCCUACGUCGCCAUUUGGAAGUUUGGCCCGAAGUCCGCGUAUGUGCGGAUUUUCAGGAAUGGCGGGGAAGCCCAAGACUUUGCCCUGGGCUUGAAGGACGAUUAGAUAGUGUUGUGUUUCAGUAGGUAAAUUAUCAAUAAAUAUGCAAAGUAAUUGUUGU